CAGUGAUAUCCUCCUUCCUUCCUAACAAGUUGUUUAUACUAAAAUGUUAACUGGGAAAACAAUGAGGAAUUAACAGAAACCUGAGAAUGUAGGGUCAGGAUGCAUGUUUUAUCUCGAGGUGGUUUCUAGCGAUGGCACUGCUGUUUCGUACGCGGAAUCGCCAUGGUUACUCGGUGAAGUUUAGCCCGUACAUCGGGCAUAGGUUGGCUUGCGCUGCCUCGCAACAUUACGGGAUCGCGGGUCAUGGGAGUUUGUUUGUUUUGUAUCUCCUGCCUUCUGGGGUCUCAUUAUUCAGACAGUUUGAAUGGCCUGAUGGGCUGUACGACUGCACCUGGAGUGAGUAUAACAAAGAUGUUGUGAUAUCAGCAAGUGGAGAUGGCUCAUUGCAGCUUUGGAAUUUAGCAUUACCUGAACCUCAACCAGUUCGAGUUUUCAAAGGACACACAGCUGAGGUUUAUGGGGUGGACUGGUGCAGAGAGCAGGACUUUGUUCUCAGUGCAUCAUGGGAUCACACAAUAAGAUUGUGGGACCCUCUGCGUACUGAGAUACCAACAGUAGCCAUGUUCACUGGCCAUCAAAAUGUUGUCUACUCUUCCAUUUGGUCGCCACACAUUCCACGAACAUUUGCCUCAGCAUCAGGAGAUCAGCAUAUUGGAAUCUGGGACAUGGCUUGUCCGGGGAGGCCCCAACAGCUUAUCAGGGCUCAUGAGGGUGAAGUCCUCACUUGUGAUUGGGCAAAAUAUGACCAGCAUCUUGUGGUCUCUGGAUCUGUGGAUACCUUAAUAAAAGGCUGGGAUGUGCGGAAUACGAAUGCGCCCGUCUUUAGUUUCAAGGCUCAUCCUUACGCCGUAAGAAGACUAAAGUGCUCUCCACAUCAGGGUAACAUUAUUGCUUCCUGUUCGUACGAUUUUACGAUAAAGACAUGGGAUACCACAUCCACCUUAGCUCCCUUGGAAACUAUUGAACACCACUCAGAGUUUGCAACUGGACUCGACUUUAAUAUCCAUCAACCGGGUCAGAUCGCGGACUGCUCGUUCGACGGUAUGGUAACGGUGUACAGUCCACGGUCUCUAGGGGCAUUUGCAAGAUGAAGACGUUUUCUCCCAAGAAAAUCCAACAACUAAUAGUGAUAAGCCUAAGAGAAGCCGUCAUUGCUCGAAUAAGAGCCUUGCCUAUGAAAAACAAAUUGGAUAACCGACCUCCUCGAGUAAGCGGCUUGGCUUAACGUGUUGCACGAUAGACUUUGAUGAUCAGGGGGGGCGGGGGGGUGGCAAAAUGUUGGGGAAAAAACAAAAAAUGUUGAAUUAAACUUUUACAGUUGUGGAGCAUUCCAAUAACGAAUAAACAAUACAACUCAGAUUAAA